UGCCAAAAGAUGGCAGUGAGCCAAUCACCGUCCCCAUUCCAGCAGGAGUAAAGUGCGCAUGCGUUCACCGAGCUCCCGGAAGUGAGGUACUUGCUGCUCGGUUGCCGGGGAGCUGAGAAGCUUGGUGAAACAUGGCGGGGGAAGAAGUCAUAGCAGCCUCGGCACAGUCCAUAAGCGGCCCAGUCAAUGUAGUGGAUCGGUCAGGACAGGGCCUUCAGAAACUGAGUGCCGCGAUACCGUGUGGUGCCGACACUCAAACGCUAAUUUUGGACAAAAAUCAGAUAAUCAAAUUGGAACACCUAGAAAAAUGCAAAAAUCUUACACAGCUGUCUGUUGCCAACAACCGGCUUGUUCGGAUGAUGGGUGUUUCAAAAUUGGUCCAUCUUAGAGUGCUAAAUCUCCCUCAUAAUAGUAUAGGAUAUGUGGAAGGGCUCAAAGAAUUGGUGCAUUUGGAAUGGCUUAAUCUUGCAGGAAACAAUUUAAAGAUUGUAGAUCAGAUAAAUAGCUGCAGUGCACUCCAUCAUCUUGAUUUAUCAGACAAUAACAUAUCCCAGAUUGGUGACUUUUCUCAGCUGCUGUCUCUCAAGACACUGCUCCUGCAUGGCAACAACAUCACUUCUUUGCGUACAGCAUCUGCCUGCCUUCCCCAGCGUCUUGCCAUUCUGUCAUUAGCAGAGAAUGAAAUCCGAGACCUGAAUGAAGUCUCUUACCUUGCAGCCCUUACUGAUCUGGAACAAUUAUCAAUCAUGAACAAUCCUUGUGUGAUGGCCACACCAUCUAUUCCCGGCUUUGACUACAGACCUUACACUGUCAGCUGGUGCUUGAGCCUUAAAGUAUUAGAUGGAUAUGUAGUUUCACAAAAAGAAAGCUUGAAAGCAGAAUGGCUUUACAGCCAAGGUAAAGGAAGAUCGUACAGGCCGGGCCAGCAUGUGCCACUUGCACAGUACUUAGCAUCUGUGUGUCCUCUGACUUCUGCGCCUGGUCUUCAGACUGAGGAGGAUGCAAAGCUGGAGAAAAUAUUAAGUAAACAAAGAUUACAUCAAAGACAGUUAAUGCACCAGAUUCGUAAUGAGAGUCAUCUGUCCUCCACACCAAGUAAAAGAUCAUUUUCCUCAAACGAGCGUCAGAGCCCAAGUCUCCAGCGUUCCAAUAAUAGGGAAUGUGUGGUAAAAGUGGACACCUGGCUAGGUACAAAUGAUUCCAGAGACCAUUUUUACACUUCAAGAAACAUGUCCUCUAGUCCUGCACAAUCUGGGACAUCACAUUAUAACAGCCUCUACCUAGAAGACAUUCAGACUGAUGAGGACAAACUGAACUGUAGUCUCCUUUCCUCGGAGUCCACAUUUAUGCCUGUAGCUCCAGGUUUAUCUCCAGUGUCUCCCACCAUAGAACUGAGAGUGCCGGGCAUGUCGGAUGAGUUGGAUGCCAAUGAAACUGUGACAGAAUUUAACAAAGGCAGCUAUGAGAAGCCCUCCACACAAAAGACAAAGGAAGACCUGAAAGAAUCUGACUUUGUCAUAUCAAAUGAGAAUAUUAAAUUGAGUGCCAAGAAUUGGCAAACCUCUUCUGAUGCGGUUACAGAGCACAUCCAACCAUCAAGUACUCCCACUUGUUGCAGUAUUACUGUGUUGUUGCCCGAAGAUAAAGACACUGACCGUCUAAACAUUAUGAACAAAGCAGCGACAAAGCUGCAGUCUUGCUGGAGAGGCUUCUAUGCAAGGAAACAUAAUCCCCAAGUGAAGGAUGUACGCUGUGAGAUCAGACUGAGCAGAAUGCAGGAGCACAUAGUGUUCCUGAGUAAAGAAGUCUCCAGGCUGAAGAGAGAGAGGGAUGAGGAGCGGACACAAAGGCUUGUCCAAGAGGAAGUUCUGAAAUAUCUAUGGGAACAGGUUCGAUCCAUUCAAGAGUGGCAGAAUAAUCUAAAUGUUCAGGUUGGAGCGAUUUCAGUGUCUGAUGUCCUUACAUCAAGCAAAUCUUUUCCUGAAAUCCCGUUCUGCUCGCCCAAGGCACUGGAAGAGCAUCCAGCUUCCGAUGUGUCUCUUCCAGGAAACAUGAAUAGAAAAACCUCCCCUGACAUCCCAGACUCUGGUUUCCAUUCCAUUAAUAUAGACCGGAGUUCUCAUCAGGAGACCAGUAGUUCUGAAAAGAGUUCUACUGAGGUAAGUACAACAUCUGUACAAUCCUUGGAAACCGUAAGACACUACAAUCAACAUUCAUCAGAUUCCCUUCUGGACCAAGAGACUGCAGCCAAUGACCAAAGUAAAAAUAGCAAUGAGAACUCGAGCAGUGAACAAGACAGCAGUCUCCUGCAGCAGUAUUUAGAUAAUGUUGAACAACUUGAGCAAGCAGAUGAUAACACUAGUCAAAGUGAUAUGACUGAGGAAAGUAGACCUGAAGUCACCAGCAGUUCAGUAAACUCUGACUUCCUCUCUAGCAGCACUUCCCACAUCAAUUGUGAUGAUUGUGCACAAAACAUCACUGAUAUACAUGACAACGCCUUUCAAUCUUCCGAUGAAACGCAAGGGUUGCAGAAAUUCUCCGACACGUGUAUGGAAGUUCCGCAAGGGGACUUGGUGGUGUAGCGUGAUGGAUGCUUAAUUGUUACUUUCUCAUGUAUUCAUAUGUUCUAUGACAUAACCUAUGAAUUGCCUUCACUUGUGGUUGGCUAGCAAGUUAUGCUACUGUUAUGCACUUUGCCACAGUGACACUGUAAAUGUUCCUUUCUGUGAAAUGGGCAGCUGAUGUAUCCAUCAUUAUGUUUAAUAGAAGCUAGGUUAUUUACUCAUACACAGGCAUUCUGUGCAUAUAAAGCCAAUAUGCAGACCAGGCGUUAUGAAAGGCAAUAGAGAUGGCAUGCCUUGGUUACAUAGUCUAGGAGUACAAAAUAUGUUACAUUACUUAAAUAAUCUGUCACAUUAAUAGGCGCCCAGACCGAUUCGUGUUUGGGCUAAUCAGUCCCCAGAGUGUCAUCCAAGUUUCUGUACCUGGAGUACUUUUAUGCAGUAUUGAGCUUCAGCAACAUGAGAAGAUGCUGCUGACAGGACUGGCUUUCAGCUUGCCCAGCCUCCCAACAUUAAGUUUUGUGUAUAUUUAUGUUAAAGGGUUGAUUCAAUUAGAUGCGAGUCUGCUUACCUGGUGAGAUUUUUUUUUUCACUGCCCCAUCAGGCUGCGUCCAUAAAUCCUCAAGUCUGGUGUGAUAUAAGGGCAAGAUAAAGUGCCGUUGUUAACAUUUUGCACUGUUACAGAAGUCCCCUCCCUCCUCACACCCCUAAUUGCAUUGGCCCCUUAAAGUUUGUUAUUUCUCUUGAAUCUGUGUUUAUCCAUCUUGUUUUACUCUGUAGUAAUUAGAUAAUAGUUUGGUGCUAAACAGUCUGGCAAUACUGAAAUUGCUCUAUGGCCAACCUAUUGAUUUCCAAAUUUGGCUGAAUCAGCACGCUUUUGUAGAACCAAGUAUAUUAAAACUACUUAAAAACAAAAGUGAUCAAAUACAAUUCCUGCACUAUAACUGUUUGUUUUUUGGAAGUUCUUAUUUUAUUGUCUGUUUUUGUGGGUUAGUAAUGAGAUGCUACUGACCUAUGUCAGAGAGAACACAGUGGCCACCUAUGGCCUCUAGGGUAGUACUCAUAAGCUUUUGUGUGCAAGUAUUUCAUACAAGGUUGUUUUAUUGCGUCUGUAUAAUUGCAUUUAGGUGAACAUGCCUUCAACAAAUGUAAAUGUUCAAAUAAUUACUUUGUAUCAUCGAUGUGUCUUAUGCCUAAACUUUGUGCUCAUGCAAGACUGACCAUGAACAUGUGACCCAGAUUAAUGGAGGAAGGUUGAGAAGCGGAUUUGUUAAUGAACUUUAAUAGCUGAAGGUGUUGAGGCACAAGCAUUGGGCUUUUGUGGUCAUGUUUAUCAGUAACUUCAAGCUACAAAACAAUAAAAUGUGAAGUUUGUUUAAGAAGUAUUGAAAACCAGAUCUGCGUAGAGAACACUUACUGGUGUAUUUCUAUUAAUUGGUAUUGCAGCCUGACCUUGUAACUUCCUCAGACCAAUUCCUGGUAAUGUGGUCCAUAGACUUUUUAAUAGACCACAUAGAAUGUGCCAGAUAAUAAUUAUCUAAAGUCUGAUUGCUUGCUAUUGUCAGUAACUCCAUUUGUCCUCUUUGGAAUGGUUGGAUAACUCUCCGUUUAAGUCACUUGCAUCCUCUCCUAUCCCAAACAGCUUCUGCUGCUGUGUUAUCAUCCAUUUUUUCUCUCCAGUCCUGAACUGUAACAUUGUUUUCCCAUGUCUCAAUAAUCUCUACCAUUAACCCCUGGCCACCACUGCUCUUCUUUCCUGUAAUGACCCUUUACCAACAGUUUAUGGCAGGGAGAAAAGGUGGAACAGUGGCUGAAGGAUGACCAUUUACCUGCUGGUGUAGUUUUUGACUGGGGACUGAUUUGGUACAGUGGCUGGUAUGUUCCAUAUAGGAGAACAUGCAAGGGACACUAUUUGAUGCAAGUAGUUCACCCAGGGAGUGCUUCAUGGCAUUUGGUUGAAUAUACAUAAAUACUACAUAUUGUGAUUAGCAAAAUGGGUUUGUUUUUUUUAGAAUUACAAACAACCUUUUUAAAUUAGUGUUUAAGCAAUAACAGGCAUAAUAGCGUUUCUAAACAAAGUUAGAAAAUAAAAUGUAUUGAUUCCUGGUGAAAAUAAGCAUCAGCAAUACUAAAUAAACCUGGCCUGGGUGAUCACUCAAACUAAUGGAAAGCACACUCAAUCCAAAACUUCAUAUCAAGAGUCCCUUGUAUAAGAGUUGUCCGCAAAGAACUUGAAAGUACGUUGACUAAUCGACCAUAAGUCAAAGUAGUUUUUAGUUUAGUGCCUGAGAGUACUGUACAUGGGUCCAAGUAUACACUCGUAAUGAAUACAUGUAAUGGCUUUUGCCAACAUACUUUUCAAAGGACAUGUUAAUGUUAGUGUAAUCCCUUGUGUUUGGGCUACUCAUGAGAGACUCACAUUUACAAGUCAUUUUACUUUGCUUGUUCACCUGUAUUGUGAAUUCAUUGCAGGUUUCUUCUAAAAUCAGGUUUUCAGAUGAUUUUUGUAAGCGCCUUGCUGGCAUAACUUCUUUAUAUUAGUUCUCAGCAGUCUGAUUUAUGCAAUUUACAUACUUGUACAGAUCUUUCUACAAGGUUGGAAGACGUAACAUGGUAUUCUUGACUAUCUGUAAAUAUCAAAUAGUAAAUAUCAAUAGUGUGUUGGUUGCUAAAAAUAAUAUUUAUUAGGUGGUAUUGGGAAUAAUUAUUACUAUUUAUGCAGUCAUGGAACAUAACUAAUAAGAAAUUGCACAAAACAAUUCAGGUGUGGUUUGAAUGCAUGUAUUAUUUAAAACCCUAUUUUAUCUUAAAUGUGUAUUUUUUUAGAGUGCAAAUGGUUGUCAUUUUCAACAAUAAAUAAAGCUUUUAAAAACUACAA